AUGAUAUACCAGAAUCGACUGGAGCCUGGUCUUCCAGAGUGGGACGACAUGUUCUUUGAGAAGCAACUUCUAUGCCACAUUGGUGAGGAAUGUUUGGAGAAGGUUGAAGCGGCAUUGAAAGGAUUGAGGCCGCCUCCGAAGCAGAAGGCUUACAAUCUUCGAACUGGAAAGACUGAGCAGUUUCGUCCCGAGGGAGGGCUUUAUGAGGUUGGAGAGCCAAGACCACCGCUGAUAAAGUGCACGGAGUGGAUUGAGAUGCAGGCAAUUCCUGCACUUAUAUCAGCCGGCAUACUGAAAACGAAAUAG